AUGGCUGCAGCCCUUGUUUCCCAAGUCCAGAAGGAGCUGGUUGACUUCGCCAUAAAAGAGGUUAAGAAACGUGGGAAGUUUGUCAUAGACGCAGAGAAAGAUAUCGAGAAGCUCAUAUCCACUUUCACAGCCAUCGGAGCUCUGCUGUUGGAUGCAGAAGAGAGGCAAUUGAAGAACGAAGGUAUCGAAAACUGGCUGAAGAAGCUCAAGGACGUGUCCUAUGAGAUCGAUGAUGUGCUGGACGAGUGGAGAACCGAGAUCCUCAAGCGUCGACUCGAUGAUGGCGAUGAUGCUGCCGGCGGUGGCUGUUUGGAGGUGAAGCUGCUUCAGAUUUCUGAUUUUCUGAAACGAGUAUGCCCUUUCCUCCCUACUUAUUGUUUCUCCCCUAAGGAAAUUGGUCUUCGCUAUGAUAUUGGCUCAAGGAUGAAGACAUUGAAUGAACGUCUAGACGAUAUAGAUAAGGAGAAAAAUUUGUACAUUCUAAAUCCCAAAGAGACUGCUUCAUACUCGAGUUUGCAAACCAGUCCCAAUAUCAAUUUCUCUGACGUGAAAGGCAGAGAAGAAGAGUUGAAAAUAUUGCAUGGCAAGUUAUUGGGUGAUGAUCAUUCGGGUGUGAGAAGUUUGUUAAUCCAAGGCCCCGGUGGGUUUGGGAAGACUACAUUGGCCAAAAUGCUAUACAAUGAUAAGAAAGUAGAAGCUCAUUUCGACAAAAGGAUAUGGGUUUGUGUAUCUGAUAAGUUUGAUCUAGCAAGAGUCGCUAAAGCCAUACUGGAGUCUUUCGAUGAAGAUCCAAAAAGUAGUUCAUCAUCAUACAAGUUGGAGCGGAUCAACGCGCAUACAAAUGACAAGAAAUUCCUUCUAGUUCUCGAUGAUGUGUGGGAAGAUAGUCAGAGCAAGUGGGAAGAACUGAUAACUUCUGUUUCUCACGGAUUACCCGGAAGCAAAAUAUUGGGUUUUCUCAAAGCAACUAUGAACCAAGACAUGGAGGAAGUCGGUGAAGAGUACUUUCAAAUGUUAGUUAUGCGUUCAUUCUUUCAAGAUUUGGAAAUACAUUUGAAGUGGGAUGUGGCAAACUCAUACUGCAAGAUUCAUGAUUUCGUUCAUGAUUUCGCCCGGCUCACAAGCAAGAACGAGUGCAUCAGCAUACUUGAGCAAGAUACAAAUAGUUCACUACUCUCGAUGAGCAACGAGGUUCGUCAUUUGAUGGUAGAACAUGUGAGUGAGGUAACCAACAAACUCAUUGUCUCCAUCGGUUGCUCACGCCUCUCUUCAACAAAUGAUAAUGAUUAUCUGCGUAGCUUCAUAGCACGGAGUGGAGGUGCUAUUGAACCUGUAUAUGCUCAUUUACGAGGCUUAAGGUCGUUGGUCCUCUUUGGUUGUGAUGUGAAAGUUAUCCCAUCGACAAUAACCCAACUAAUUCAUUUAAGACUUUUGGAUUUGUCCUUUAACAAAAACUUGGUUGAGUUGCCGAAAGAAAUAUGUGAGUUGUAUAAUCUGGAGAGCUUGCUUCUCAAUUACAAUCGUUUGCUGGCGUUUCUCCCUAGUGGAAUGGGGAAUAAGCUAAUCAACUUAAAGCAUCUUGAAAAUUACUUGGUCCCAGCGGCGCUCCCAAGGUCAAUGGUCAAGUUAGCUAAUUCCCUUAAGACAUUAACUCAAUUCAAAGUAGUUCGGGAGGAGCAGAAGGAGGGGGCAACUAAUAUUGGUGAUUUAGAGUGCAUGAACCAUAUUCAGGGAUCCCUUACAAUAAGAGGGUUGAGUAAGGUAACAAAUUGUGAGGAGGUGAAGCGUGCAGAGGUCGCCAAGAAAGAAUCACUGACUCAUUUAUCUCUGGAAUUCAAAAGCAGUGGAGAAGAAGUCGGUCACGAGGAAGAACAAGUGUUGGAAGCCAUAAGACCAUCAUCAACAAGCUUGGAAAACCUGAUUGUAAUGAACUACUCGGGAAGGAGCAUAUGCCCUAGCUGGUUACUGUCACUCUCCAACUUAACCUCCCUAGAAUUCAAUGAGUGCCCUGAAGUGGAGCAUCUGCCCCCUUUGGGGGCCCUGCCCUCCCUCGAAGAGCUUCGCUUGCGUGACAUGCAUAAGGUGAAGAAGAUUGGCCUCGAGUUCUUGUUUGGGAGUAGUUUGAUAGAGCAGCAGCUGGGGAUGAUGAGUAACAACAAAGGUCGUGAGAUUAUUGCAUUCCCCAAGCUCACGUUGCUUAAGAUUUCGUCGAUAGGGAAUUGGGAAGUGUGGGAUUUAGAGCGUGAUGAUCAGGAAGCCGGGAUGAUGAUCAACUCAGCGACAGUCAUGCCCCGCCUGCGUUAUUUGGAGUUGACAUGCUGCUCGAAACUUGACAAGGUGCCGGAUCUGCUUCUCCGGAAAACCACUCUGAAAUAUCUGGAAAUAUCUGCGACUGGCUGGUCGGAGAGUCACAGGUUCAAACCUUGGGAGGUUCCCAAAAUGGUGCCGAGGGAGGUGUGGGACAAAAUCUCUCACAUCCCCACCAUUUUCCUUGAUUUCAAGGACGUCCGAACAACAUUCAAGAACGAGAUAGGUACUUAA